GGGGGUUGCCUUCGUUCAUGGUUCGACAAAUGCUUAAUUGUCAACUACUCUUCUAAUUCUUCUUGCUCGCAGAAGAAGAAUUCAAGCUAGAUUUGCGUCGAGCCAGACAUGGAACAGUUUCGCUACUCCUGCAACCUCUGUUCCCGAUGCUUUAGCAACGGCCGCGCGCUCGGGGGCCACAUGCGCUUCCACGCUGUCUCCACAGCCGCCGCUUCGCUGCUUCCCGGCGGUUCCUCAGCCUCGUUGGGCCAAAAAGUGGAGAGUAAGGAGGCGGGUGCUUCAUACGGAUUGAGAGCAAAUCCAAGGAAGAGCUUCCGCCUAGUGGAUCCCGAGUUCGCCUCGGAGGAGCUUCCGGCGGGAUCCAGCGUCGUCGUUCAGGACCGGGAGAGCGAUACGGAGUCUCCCACGGCCAUCCGCAGCUCGGUAAAGCGGCCGCGGGCCACCCACAUGGAAGCGAAGCCAGCUAGCUCCUUCUCGGAUACGACACCCGAGGAGGACGUCGCCCUGUCCCUCUUAAUGCUCUCGCGCGACUCUUCUUGGGCCUCCGCCUCGGUGGACGUCCGCCCCUCCGAAGGCUCCAAUGAAGACGAAGAAGAAGAAGGUGAGGGUGAGGGUAAGAUUUGGCCAUCGCGGGCGCCUCCGCCUCCGCGGAAGGGGCGAGGCCGGUACCAGUCCGGCCCGUGCAAGAAGGUCUUCCGGUCGUACCAAGCGCUUGGCAGCCAUCAGGCGACUCACAAAAGGACCAAUGGCCGAGCACCGGCCACUGAGCCUGACCAGAUCUAUGGCGAGGCCGACUCAGCCGAUGCCAAGAUUCACGAGUGCCCCAUCUGCUUGAGAGUCUUCAUCUCCGGUCAAGCUCUCGGAGGCCACAAGAGGGCCCAUUUCACCUCUUCCUUGCCCAUUGCAGUCGCCAAAAGCUCAGUCCCUCUUUAUCCGCCGCCACGCUCUCGGCUGAGCACCUCCUCAUGGGUCGCCGCUGCCUCAGCCAACAGCACCCGCCUCUUCGACCUCAAUUCGCCGGCGACGGCGGACGACGAGGUCGAGCUGUCGGCCAUUUCGGAUAUGCAAGGACACACUUGAGCAAUCAACAGUCCAGGUGUAGAAAUGAAAGAAGACAAGAAACCAAAACGAACACACAAAAAAAAAAACAGGUUGUUUUGCCCAAAGAAUUGUCCUCAGUUUUAUUUUUUUUCUCUUUCUUUCCUUUCAGUUGGUGAUUUUGUUUGUGGGCUUCUGAACCUGUUCAUCUUUCCUUUAGGUAAUAUCAGUUGCAUUGUUUUGUUUGUUUG